AUGCCUGGAAAGACAGUGAGUGAAAAUAUACAAAUUGCUACUAAUUAUUGUCGACAGGCGGCUCAGUCAGGUGCCGAUAUUGUUGUUAUGCCUGAAAUGUGGAACGUAGGCUACUCUAUAUUAUUUCCAGGCUAUAAUCCCGAUAAUGAACAGCCCGUUCGCGAAUGGUUAAAAUUGGCAGUAAAGUCUGAUUCAAGCUAUAUUAAUUAUUUUCAACAACUAGCACUCGAAUUGAAUAUGGCUAUAGGUGUGACGUAUUUAGAAGAUAAUCAAAAUGGAACAUUACCACCAAGGAAUUCAAUAAGCCUCAUUGAUCGAUUUGGUGCAAUUAUUUUGAAUUAUUCGAAAGUACAUACAUGUGAUUUCACAGAUAUUGAAGGAUUAACGUAUCCUGGUGAUGGCUGGUCUGUUGCUGUUUUGAAUACAAAAAAAGGUUCAUUAAAAGUGGGUGCAAUGAUUUGUUAUGAUCGAGAGCAGCCCGAAUCGGCACGAAUCUUAAUGGUGAAAGGAGCUGAACUUAUUCUCAUUCCAAACGCUUGCUAUUUUGAUCAACUUAGACUCUCACAACUGCAAGUGCGUUCGUUUGAAAAUGCACUUAUUACAGCAAUGGCAAAUUAUCCUCAGCCGUUAUACAAUGGAUGGUCCGCUGCUUUCAAUUUUGAUGGACAACCAUUAAACCUGAUACCAGCUCAAAACUUAACCCAAGCUGAGGUUAUUUUAGUAGAGUUUGAUUUAAUUGCACUGAGAGAGUAUAGAGCGAAAACAAUUAUGGGCGAUGCAUUUCGUCGACCGUACCGAUAUGAACAAUUACUUAAAAUUGAGAGAGAACAAGAUUUUAAGGCAACAAACUUUUAUCGUAGAGAUCGAUUAUUUUGA